ACGCAGAAAACUUGCGUUCAGCAGUCGAUUUUAUCAGCGUUUCAAAUGCAAAGCGGAAAAUCGCAUUUAUAAACAUUUGCAUCUGAAAAUUAUUUAUAACUCUUCCAGUUCCCAAUGCUGUCCAGAGCCUUUUUCAUCAUGAGAAAUGCAUGCAAACCAUUUUCAAGGUGGACAAAACACUGAACACAGGAUGUUCCCACCAAGUUUGUCUCACAUUGUAAUGACCAAUUCACACCUCAGGCCUCUCCCACCCUUGGAAACAAAAGAUAUGUUAAUGACCAUUCACACCUCAAAUUCCUCAUGA